AUGUGCCAACAUACCUUGAUUCCUCACUGUGAAAGUCAUGAGUAUGUAUCUGAUAAUGAUGCUUUGCUCAUUCAUCAUCUUCUCAAUUGCAAGAGACUGAAUCUACUCUAUAUAAUUCUCCAGCACAUGAUUUGUGCAGCCACCAAAGACUACAGAAAAAAUAUUGUGCCUUAUGGGAUGGUCCUGACUAAAGUCUUCAGCACAAACCCUAUUCCAUUCUCAUCACCUCCUACUGAUCCUGAGGAAACCACAGAAAAAAUCGCAACACCAGAACAUUCCUCACCAAAUCCAGAACGUUCUCCACCACCUCCAGAACGUUCUCCAGCAAAUACCCAAACUCCUUCAACCCUCUUUGCUCAAACAUCCAGCAUAUCAUCCUCAACCAUUCCCUCUUAUUCUCAAACACUUCACUCCCCUACCCAUGACUUUGGUAACUUCCUGUCUAAUCCUCUUUUCUCUACUAUGUCUCCACUAUUUUUCUCCCCUCAGAAAACCAGCUCUUUCAUCUUCGGCAUCAGUCAUUUUUUAAACUUUCCAGCUACUGUUGGCCCCUCUAACACAUCUGUUGGUCCCCUACCCUCUGUAUCAUCCUCCUUUGCUUCUAUUCCAUCCAUCACUACAACGCCUAUUCCUUCCAACACUGUUAUUGCUACCACCUCUCAACCCUCUACUCACCUUCACUCUACUCCCACCUUAACUGCACCCUCUAACUCUGACAUUAUGGCUGCUCUUCAGAUCAUAAUGGCACGACAAGUUCAGCACGAUCAAGAAACUACUAUACUAAGAACUUGGAUGGCAGACCACCUUGCUCCCAAACUGGGAAUUCCAUCUCCGCCUCCUCAUCUGAUUCCUCCUCCUUCUCAAGUUCCUCAUCCUGGAAAAUCCUCCUCUUCAGAAGGAUCUUCUCCCUCCUUAGCUUCUUAG